AUGGCCGUCGUGACACGCCGGCGUACAAACCCCAUCACCCUAGUCCUAGCAGCUCUGCUAGCAUUCGGAUUCAUCACUUUCCUAUUCUCGCCCUCAUCCUCUACACCAUCGACUUCUACCGCACCAGACGACACAUCUUCUCAAUUACGGAAAGGAGAUGCGGCUGAAAACCCGCUUUCCCCGCCCACGAAGCCGUUCCUGAGGUCACAACCCGUCCGCGAUGAUGGAUACCGUGCUCCUCCACCUGUUGUGCACUACAACCUCAACAGUCUUACGAGCACUAGCGCUUCCGCGAAAAAUGGCGAACGGGUCCUUAUUCUCACGCCGCUGAGCCGGUUCUACCAGGAAUACUGGGACAACGUGGUCCGGUUGAGUUACCCGCAUGAGCUCGUUUCUAUCGGGUUCAUUGCGCCAUCAACGAAAGAUGGAAACGCGGCUGUUGCGGCGCUCGAAAAAGCUAUCAGCAAGACGCAGUCCGGACCGGUCGACUCUCGGUUCGCGAGUAUCAGCAUCCUUCGGCAAGAUUUCGACCCGCCGCUCACCUCGCAGGAUGAGAAGGAGCGGCACAAGAUGGAGAACCAGAAGGCGCGUCGCGAGUCUAUGAGUCGUGCCCGAAACAGUCUUGUAUUUACGACUCUCGGACCCAGCACCUCCUGGGUUCUCUGGCUGGAUGCUGAUAUCAUCGAGACACCCUCCACCCUCAUCCAGGAUCUGACCAGCCACAACCAGCCUAUCAUCGUGCCGAACUGCUACCAGCGGUACUAUAACAAGGAUAAGAAAAAGAUGGAUGCCCGGCCCUACGACUAUAACUCUUGGGUGGACAGCGGGACGGCCCAGGCCCUGGCGGCGGAAUUGGACCCCGACGAGAUCAUCCUUGAGGGAUACGGCGAGAUGGCUACCUAUCGGACUCUGAUGGCUCAUCUCGCGGAUGUUGAGAAUCCCGAUCCUGAGCGCCUUAUGCCGUUGGACGGUGUUGGCGGGACGGCGUUGAUGGUCAAGGCCGAUGUGCACCGUGAUGGUGCCAUGUUCCCGGCUUUUCCGUUUUACCAUUUGGUUGAGACGGAGGGCUUUGCUAAGAUGGCUAAGAGAUUGGGGUACUCUAUUUUUGGGUUGCCCGAGUACUUUGUAUAUCAUUACAACGAGUGA